AUGCAAGAGAUAGUAGAAACUACGACUGAAUUAUUCUCAUCCGGAAUAAUUUCACACUUAAAAUCUAAAAUUGAACCUUAUUUGACAAGCUGUGAUAACUCUCAACUAAUUGAAAUUCAAAAUAUGUUUCAUAUUUUAGAAACUCCUUUUUUUAAACUUAAAACUGAGUAUCAACGUAUUAAAUAUUUUGAAUCAAAUAAUGUAUUCUUUAAACCAAAAACCAUUGUAUUAGGUUUUACAAAAGAGACUAAAAUUGUGUCUGGUGUCGAGCGACAGGUUAUGGUUCCGGUCCAAGGGCAUUUAUUUUGUAUAAAGGAGAACCUUCAACAUUUUUUUGAAUUGCCUGGUGUGUUUGAUGUGGCUUACCAAUAUACGGUUUCAUCUAUGAACAAUUCAAAUUUGUCAUCUUUUUUAAAUGGAUCUACAUGGAAAAAUAUAAUGAACAAUUUCCCAGAUAAAAUAAUUUUCCCUAUAUUUCUAUAUUAUGAUGAUGCUGAAAUGGGUAAUCCUCUCGGUUCUCAUUCUGGUGUGCAUAAAAUAGGAUGUAUAUAUUAUACUAUACCUGCUCUGCCCCCUGAAUAUUUGUCAUCUCUGGAAAACAUUUUUCCUGCAUUUUUAUUUCAUUCAUCCGACAGAGGAGCACACAAAUUUGACAAUAAAACUAUGUUUUCUGCCCUUAUAAAUACUCUUAUUGAUUUAGAAGAAAAUGGUGUUACAAUAGUAGUAAAUUCUAUCAGCACAAAAAUAUAUUUUGUUCUUGGUCUAAUUCUAGGUGAUAAUUUAGGAUUAAAUUCAAUGUUAGGCUUCGUACACAGUUUUUCUGCAAAUCAUUAUUGUCGCAUAUGCCGUUUACAAAAAUGUGAUCUUCAAACAAUGUUAAAAGAGUCAGUUGAAUCAAUAAGAAAUAAAAAUAAUUAUGAAUCAGAUAUCAUGAUAGCUAAUGUUUCUGAAACUGGUAUAAACGAGUGUUGUGCUUUCAAUAAAAUUCCAAACUAUCAUGUAACAGUGAAUAGUGUAUGCGACUUUAUGCACGAUGUGUCAGAAGGCGUAGCAAGGUAUGACAUGGCUGUUAUUAUUAACUACUUAAUAAAUCAUGAUUAUUUUUCGCUAGAAGAUUUAAACCAAAGGAUAUUAUUAUUUGAAUAUGGAAUGACUGAGAGUAAAAACAAACCACCUCCAAUUAACAAAAAUCACUUGAAUAAUAAUUCUAUUAUUAUGUCUGCGUCAGAAAUGUUAUGUUUUGUUAGAUAUUUUGGACUGAUUGUUGGGGAGUUGAUUCCAUUAGAAAUAGAAAUUUGGAAACUUUAUUUACAUCUUAGAAAAAUUAUUGAUAUUUGUUCUGCUAGGGUUCUACAACCAGAAUGUGCAACAUUACUAGAUAAUUUAAUUUCUGAACAUAAUCGUCUAUAUUUAAAUUUCUCUAAUAGUUUAUUGAAACCUAAAUUCCACAUCCUAACCCACUAUGGUCGUCUUCUUCUUCAAAAUGGUCUAAUCUCUCUUACAUCUUCUUUAAGAUUUGAAGCUAAACAUAAAGUUUUAAAAGCAUAUUCAAAUUCAAUACCAUGCCGUAUAAAUUUAGGACAUACUCUAUCUCAUAAGCUGCAGUUACAAAUGGUCGAUAGGUUUUUAACUCAAAGAGGGUUACAACCUGACUUAAAAGUAGGUUCAUGCAUUAAAAUAAUAGAGUUCUCACAAUGUGUAUUAGAUUUGUUACCUAUAGAAUUUAAACUAGACACAGUUUUAGUGUCUUCGAUAGAAUAUAAAGGUGUUACUUUUAAACCUGCUAUGUUAGUAAUUGUUGGUAUCAAUUUAAAUGGCUGUAUAUUUGGAAAAAUUAUUAAUAUUCUUAUUAAUAACUCAAGGACUCCAUAUUUAGUGUAUGAACUUUAUUUAACUGUAGGCUUUGAUAACCAUUUUCAUGCAUAUGAAAUAAAAAAAUAUGAUGAAAAAGAAUUAAACAUUAGUGGCUGUUAUAUAAAAGAUUUGUCUGACAUUACUCCUACUGUUAGUAGAGUUCAUAGCAAUGGUAAAUUAUAUGCUACAUUGAGAUAUGCACUAUAA